UCAUAAAAAAUGGCUGCGAAACGAAAACCAGAAGCACAAGUGCCAGCUGAAGAAAGUGAUUUAUUAUCAAUUAGACCACUUGGUGCUGGUCAAGAAGUAGGCAGAUCAUGUAUUAUGUUAGAAUUUAAAGGAAAAAAAAUCAUGUUGGACUGUGGUAUUCAUCCUGGUUUAUCUGGAAUGGAUGCACUACCAUUUGUAGAUUUAGUAGAAGCGGAUGAGAUAGAUUUACUUUUAAUUUCUCAUUUUCAUUUGGACCAUUGUGGAGCUUUACCUUGGUUUCUACAAAAAACUAGUUUUAAAGGACGAUGCUUUAUGACUCAUGCCACUAAAGCUAUUUAUCGUUGGCUGUUGUCUGAUUAUAUCAAAGUCAGCAACAUUGCUACAGAACAAAUGUUAUAUACUGAAUCAGAUCUAGAAACUAGUAUGGAUAAAAUAGAAACAAUUAAUUUUCAUGAAGAAAAAGAUGUCUUUGGAAUAAAAUUCUGGGCCUACAAUGCUGGUCAUGUAUUAGGUGCUGCUAUGUUCAUGAUAGAAAUAGCAGGUGUUAAAAUUCUAUAUACUGGAGACUUUAGUCGGCAAGAGGAUAGACAUUUGAUGGCUGCUGAAAUUCCAAACAUUCAUCCAGAUGUGUUAAUUACUGAAUCUACUUACGGUACACAUAUACAUGAAAAAAGAGAAGAUCGUGAGGGAAGAUUUACAAAUUUAGUUCAUGAAAUUGUUAACAGAGGAGGAAGGUGUUUAAUACCUGUAUUUGCAUUAGGAAGAGCACAAGAGCUUCUCCUUAUUCUAGAUGAAUAUUGGAGUCAACAUCCUGAACUACAUGAAAUUCCUAUAUAUUAUGCUUCUUCUCUAGCAAAAAAGUGUAUGGCAGUCUAUCAAACUUAUGUAAAUGCGAUGAAUGAUAAAAUCAGGAGACAAAUUGCCAUCAACAAUCCAUUUGUAUUUAAACAUAUUUCUAAUCUAAAAGGAAUUGAUCAUUUUGAAGAUAUUGGUCCGUGUGUAGUAAUGGCAUCUCCUGGUAUGAUGCAGAGUGGUUUAUCAAGGGAAUUGUUUGAAUCCUGGUGUAUAGAUGCAAAGAAUGGAGUUAUAAUAGCUGGUUAUUGCGUAGAAGGAACAUUGGCAAAAACAAUUUUAUCAGAACCUGAAGAAAUCACAACCAUGUCUGGACAGAAAUUACCAUUAAAAAUGUCUGUUGAUUAUAUAUCAUUCUCAGCCCAUACUGAUUACCAACAGACUUCUGAAUUUAUACGUAUUUUGAAACCGCCACAUGUUGUGCUUGUGCAUGGAGAGCAAAAUGAAAUGGGAAGAUUGAAAGCUGCUUUACAGCGGGAAUAUGAGGAUGAUCCUAACACAACAAUGGAAAUACAUAAUCCCAGAAAUACAGUUGCUGUGGAAUUGUACUUUAGAGGAGAAAAAACUGCUAAAGUGAUGGGCACAUUAGCAAUGGAAACACCUAAACCAGGACAAACACUAUCAGGAGUGUUAGUUAAGAGAAACUUCAAUUAUCAUAUGCUAGCACCUUGUGACUUAUCAAAAUAUACAGAUAUGAGCAUGAGUCAAGUAAUUCAAAGGCAGAGUGUAUAUUUCUCAGCAUCGCUACCAGUAUUAAAACAUCUUCUAACACAAAUUGCUGGAAAUUUAGAAAUUGUUGAUGAUAAGAAAUUACGUGUGUUUAAAAAUAUUGAUGUUACAAUUGAUGGAAAAAUUGUUACCAUGGAAUGGAUCGCAACACCUGUAAAUGAUAUGUACGCAGAUUCUGUUCUAACUGCAAUAUUACAAGCUGAAAUGAUGGAACAACCACCUAAAGUAUUACCUGCACCUACAAAAAUGGAUCGGAUGCAUUUUAAAGAAUGUUUGAUAGAAAUGCUUCAAGAAAUGUUUGGUGAAGAUUCUGUUCCUAAAAUUUUCAAAGGAGAGAAACUGUAUGUAACAGUUGAUGGGAAGAAAGCACAUAUAGAUUUAUUAAAUUUGGAAGUAACCAGUAAAGAAGAUGAAAUUUUUCAACAAAUAGUACAAACUGCAGUAACAAAACUACAUCAAUCGUUGGCACCACCUUGUGAUACAAUAUAAAAGAUAUUAUUUUCACAGUUGUGUGUAAAAUAUACUUUUAGAUACAUUAAUAAAUAUGAAGUGUUAAAUAACAAAGACUAUUUUAUUUAAUUUAUAAUUUAAUGGUAUUACGCAAUACAAUUCAUGUGCAUUUUUAUAAUAAACAUCGUAACAUCAAUAAGUAAAUA